AUGAACAAUCUAAAUCUUGCCGAUGAAGCAACUCACCGUAUUCAUAAGAUCGCUCUCCGUUACGAUGACCGUCCUGAUACAAUUAGAGACGCUUUACAUGAUGUUUGUUACUUGAUCUUCGUUAGUGAAGCUGAUAAACAUCGUGUCAAAGAAGCUAAGAUCCUAGCCGAUGCUGCCGCUCAUAAGGAUGUUGAUAACGUAAUUGUACUAUCGCUGGAAGGUGCCGACGAUGGCGAUGGCAAAAUUUUGCAUGAUUUUAGGGAAAUGGAAAAGGAAGUAUGCCAGAAGGUGAAACAUUCUUGUGUGAUUAGAAAUUCUUUCCUUCAACAAGCUUUCUUCCUUUGGUCUCCAAAUAUUGAAGACAGAGGGGAACUUAGCAUGACUCCUCGUGAAAGUAACGAAUGGGCUCCUCUUAAUAUGGACGACCUUAUUUGUGCGAUCGUAUGCUUAAUGUUAGAAAAUGGCAAAGUGGUAACUGAACUUACCAAAAAACAUCGAAACAAGAUCUAUUGUUUAACCGGUCCCGAACUUGUAAGCGGCCGUAAAAUUGUUGAUACCAUCAAUCGAGUCAUUGAAGAAAAAGGUGAUGCCGAAUACCGCACCAUUAAUCGUCGUCAACUUGAAGAAUACCUCAGCAGUCUUAAUGAAGAUGAUCUCGAUCGUGACCGAAGUCGUGAACAAGAUCCUGCUGAAGAUAGUCUUCUUGAACAACGCGAUGGAAUUUAUUUGAUUCAACGUGGAGUAGCCCUUUUACACGAGUGUCUUGCUGAUUUCUUUAGAAAUACACAACAAUCUUUGGAGAAUGGAAAAUCUAACUUUAUUGAAGGUGUUAAUAAACUUAUUUCAGCGACAACUUUGUUCGAAGAAGUUGACCGUCAAUCCUCCGUUAGAAAUCAAUAUGGUCCUCAUCGAAAUGCCAUGGGCUUGCAAGAAAAAAUUGCCGGUCCAGGCCGAUACAAAGACGUUCAUGAAGAAAGAUUUAAUAGGAACAUUACUGCCUUUGUUAAUACAAUGCGAGAUAUCAUUGCGAGAUUGAAGAACAUUGAUAUUGAAAGAUUCGAAUUAGAUGUUCAAGAACGAUUAUUCAUUUUGACCAAUAUCAAGGAUGCCGUUGAGGUUAUAGAAAAUGUCCAGAGGAGUCUUGAUGUUGUUCCAUUCUUGCUUGAUGGACGUAAUCGUCGAGAUCGUCAUCCUAUGCCUUUCUUACCUUUACCCCAUUUUGAAAUUGAUAUGCUCCUUGACACCUUGGAUUAUGUCAAAGAUGGUAAAGCUGAUCAUGUUUCUGAUGAUUACAAGAAAAUUACUGGCAAAAAACCCACUCGAGUUAAGUCGUUCUUCGAAAACAAUUCUGAAUCAUUCCGCCCUGGUAAACAUGCCCGUCCUCGUCGCCCUCACGAUUCGGACGAUAGUACCAUGAUUUUGGGCAGACGUAUUA